ACGGCAAUAUUCAACGGUAACGUUUAUCAUAGAUUCAUCAGACCUGUCUCGAACAUGACCGCAAAAGUGGGCCUUAGUCUCAUGUCAAUCAACGAUCUGAAUAUGAUAGAUCAGAGCAUGACAGUCAUGGGCUGGCUUACUAUGGAAUGGGGAGAUUAUCGGCUAAAGUGGGAAAAGGCAAAUUAUGAUGAUGUAGAUCAAAUUUUUGCCACGGACAGAGACGUUUGGAAACCUGAGCUCUUCAUCGACAAUUCCCUAGAUGAUGUAUCGAUACUACAGGGGGGUAAUUCGUUGUUCCGAGUAUCUAACACCGGCAGAGUUGACUGGGAGCAUCCACGGAUCUUCGUCACAACCUGUACUGUAGAUACCACUUUUUAUCCUUUUGAUACCCAGGAGUGUGCCAUUGGCGUCACCAGCUCGGCUCACACGGUAGAAGAAAUGAAACUCCUUCAUCUAUGGGAGAACAUCAGCGUCAAAGAUCUUGUUGAAAAUGGUGAAUGGAUAUAUGUAACCUCCAGAGUGGAGACGUCGGUUAUUAAAAUGACGACCGGUAAAGGUGAGAAAGAAUACUCACUUCUUAAGUUCAUCGUCGUCCUGACUCGUCGCUAUGACUACUACGUCACUAAUGUGAUACUCCCUGUGAUCACUACCUCAUUGCUCACGAUCCUCGUUUUCAUACUUCCGGUGGAUUCCGGCGAGAAGGUGUCGUACGCUCUAACAGUUUUACUGGCUCUGGCCGUGCUUCUAACUCUAAUAGCGGACAGCAUGCCCAGCACGUCAAUCUAUGUAUCAAUUUUGUCGGUAUACCUAGCCUACACCCUAGUCAUGGGAGUAUUGGCAGUCGGGCUUACGGUACUGGUGCUCCGCAUCCAAUCCCACGAUUCAGAGAAGCCGGUACCUGUUUGGCUACAUAAGCUGACAAGGAGGCUGUUUGCAAGAGGAGCAUGUUGGAAAGGCUUCUUCUGCUGUCGGAACAGGAAAGAACAUCUAAAUACAGCUUUGAAAUCGUCAAAUGGAGGACACGUAGGAAAGUAUGGGUACGACCAAAGAAGAGGUUUCUUGAUGUAUUCCUGGUCUCAGAUUGCAGAAAUAUUAGACUGGUUUCUAUUUGUAUUGUUCUCCUGGUCAACGAUUAUAGUCACGUUUGCUUUUAUGGUGAUACUAAAGGUAGGAAGUACGUUCUAUUAG